GGGAAGGCAGAAAGGACCCAGGAGGGAGACUGUGGCAACUGCCAGCCCAGGACCGGUGCCAGGCAUGGGGAACACUGCACAGCAAGCCCUGCUCACUGUCCUCUGGGUGGCCUCUGCCAUCAUUCAGGCCGAGGUCCUGAACAAGGAUUCAGAUGCCGACAAACUCCGAGGCCCACCCGGACCUCCUGGAAUCCCCGGCCCCAGAGGGCCCGCCGGUCCGCCUGGAUUCCCGGGGUUGCCGGGCAUUCAAGGAGCAUCUGGGUUUCCAGGACCAGCCGGACUCCGAGGCCCGCCAGGAAUACCUGGGGCUCCUGGGGUUCCUGGACUUCAAGGGGAGAAAGGAGAACGUGGGACGCUGACUAUCCUCAGCAAGGAAGACCUGGAGAGUCUCCUGGCUCAGAAAAGAGCCAAAAACUGCCAGGAGCUGCAGGCCAUGGGCAGACUGCUGAGCGGCUGGUACACCAUCCACCCCGUCGGCUGUGGGCCUCUGACCGUGCUGUGCGACAUGGACACCGACGGCGGCGGCUGGACGGUGUUCCAGAGACGGGUGGACGGCUCCGUGGACUUCUACCGGGAUUGGACGACCUACAAGAAGGGCUUUGGCAGCCAGCUGGCCGGCUUCUGGCUGGGCAACGACAACAUCCACUGCCUGACCUCUGAGGGGACCAACGAACUCCGCGUCGACUUCAGGGACUUUGACAACAUCCAUUAUUUUGCCAAAUACCGUUCUUUCAAGGUGGCUGGAGAGACGGACAACUACAAGUUGGCCGUGGGAAAGUUUGAGGGCGGCUCUGCCGGUGACUCUCUGGCCGGGCACAACGACAAACCCUUCACCACCAGAGACCGCGACAACGAUGACAGCACCUCUAACUGCGCUGUGACUCACAAGGGAGGCUGGUGGUUUGCAAACUGCCACGACUCCAACCUGAACGGGCAGUACCUCUCUGGAUCUCACUCGAGCUUCGCCGACGGCAUCAACUGGUCCUCCGGGAAAGGGUUUCAUUAUUCCUUCAAGUUCACAGAGAUGAAGUUCAGGCCCGCCUAGGAUCUGGGAGCCAGGCUCUGGCACAGGAGUGGCUCUCGGGCUUUAUUCUUUCUUCCCUGUUGGAGAGGCUGAAGUCGUUCUGCGUGUUCUAGUGCCUUAGUUUUGAUCUCUGUCCCUCGUGUGGCUCUUCCUUUGACCUCUUUCACCUCCCUUCCCGCCUCCGCAAGGUCGGAAACGACCCUGGCUUCACCCCAAGCCUCGGACGGUAACUCCCAUCCAGGGUGACCGGUGAGAGGUUGUAUCCGAACCUGCCCUUGACUCUGCCAUCAGAUCAUGACCUGUUGAUGGGUCUCUGAGACCGAACUGUUUUGAGCAUCUUGAUUGCUGAAUUAAAGACUCCAUUUUCCUCUGAAAA